CGGACGCCCCGGGACCACGGCACGUCGCGGCACGUCGGGGCCAGCGGAGGCCGGAAGCCAAGCACGGGAGCCUGAGAGGUCAUUUGCUGCCUCGUCCAAUUAAACCACAAGGUCGGACUUUACGAGUAAAAAAAUGCCGUGGCUUGAGGCUGAAUUUCUUGGUGUCGUUUUAUUGAUGGUGUACGGGUCCUGUGGCGCAGGCAUCAUCGAGACGGACGUGCCGCCGGGGUACGCGCGGCUGGCCAGCGGGGGCUCCUACAAGGUGGGGCGCGCGGCGCUGGCGUGGGAGGAGGCGCGCGCGGCGUGCGAGCUGGAGGGCGCGCACCUGCUGGUCGUGGACAGCCGCGAGGAGGCGGCGGCCCUGCGGCGCUGGCUGCGCGGCGAGGGGCUCGCCUCCGACGCCCAGCGCACCUAUGCCCUGCACGCGGGCUUCCACGUGCCCUUCGUCACCGUGCUCGGCCAGCCCAUUUCGAACGUGGUGCGGGAGCGAUGGAGACACGACGAGCCCAGUUCGCAAAUUUGUGGGAUGAUCGAUGAGGAAGUGUGGAUGCUCUACGGCGUCUGCUCCAAGUGGGAGAGAUACGUGUGCGAAUUCCCCGCUAUUCCGACCCUUCCAAGUCCCAGGCCGCGGCGCAAGCCCACGCUGCCUCCCUGCGCCACGCGCUCAGCAGGGCUACAGCGCGCGCCGGGCUGGCUGCGCAGCCGCCUACAAGCUGCACCGCGCCCACCACGUGGGAGCGGCGGCCAAACGCCCACGUGCGCCAAGCGAGGGCGCGCACCUCGCCGUGGUGGAGACGGCGGCCGAGGCGGAGGCGCUCGUCGACUUCCUGCACGGCCGCGAGCUCUCCUCGUUCGAGAAGCUGGUGUGGGCGAACCCUUGAACGCCACGGCCUACAACCGUUGGCUGCGAGAACGACAGCACGACUGGGAGUGCCUUGCAAUAGAUAGGCGAUUGCUCUUCCUUAGCAGGCAGUGCAGCAACGACAGCGACCGCUAUAAUUUUCUUUGUGAGAAGGACAUCUAAAUGUUUUAAUCCAGUGAUACAAAUACUUUGAGAAAGGUGUGGUCAUUAUUUUAUCUGAAACAAAUCAUUUUUUCUUGUUUUGAUAUGAAGAAUUUAAUAUUUCUCCAUUAUACAUGUGUAAAGAAGGACAUAAUAGUCUCUAAAAAUUAUUUUUUAAAUGCAUAAUAUAUUUUUAUUAUAGUUGUGAGUAAAUAGUUCUUUACUUA